AUGUCAAUGGAAGCCCCAUGGCGCAGUACUUUGGGUGCGCAAAGGAGCAAAUCGCCUUACUGGUAUGAUACGGAUGAGAUUCCGAUGCUCCAGAUUCCAGGGAUGGGGCAGGAAGGCAUCUUACCGGAUUCAUGCCAUUGUUUCCACUUGGGAUGGGGCAUCGACUUGGCGGCGUCUGGUUUGGUGCUUUUGGCAAAGAGAGGAUGUUUUGGGGCAGCUUCAUUGGAUUCACGUUUGCAAUGUGCAUACAGAACUUUCACAAGAUGGUGUUCUGAGAACAAGAAGACCACAGGUGUCUCUUGGUGGUCUGUCAAGAAGCUAGACAUGUCAUCGCAGAAUGACUGGCCUACAUCGCUGGGCUCGGCGAACUCGAAGGCGUACGACACUGCCUUGGUACUGCAAUGGAUGGAGUCCUUCUUGGAUGGAGUUGAUUGCAGCAACGAUGAGUUCUUGCAAGGCUUCCGAUUUGCUGUGGCGACCAGCAACCUCUUCUUCAGAUCGAUCUUCUCCAGACAUCGAGCCAGAGCCUCUUUCCGUUUGGGGAAACCUCCCGUGGUGGAACGACGCAUCGCCGCCAUGGGUGGAUUCCUGAGCCGCGCGGAGCUGGCGGACCCCAUGAGGCGGGGCUACGACCUGGAGCGUUCCUUGCAGGCUGCGGCCGAUGUCAUUGCCAAGAGCAGCUCCAUGACGGCCUUCACUGGUGCAGGGAUCUCGGUCGAGUCAGGCAUCCCCGACUUCCGGUCCCCAGGCGGUCUAUGGUCGAAGUAUGAUCCCAGGAUCUAUUGUGAGUACAAUCACUUCUGCGAGCAGCCUCACCUCUUCUGGCAGAUGGGCCGUGAAUUGGCCCUGGAGGUGCAUCUGGCGAACCAGGGCGAACUGCACCUCCAGGAGGGUUUGAAAGAAGCGGAACCCAAUGCAGCCCACCGAGCGCUUGUGGAGCUUGAGUCGAUGGGGAAGUUGGACACCGUGAUCACCCAGAACAUUGACUCGUUGCACCAACGAGCUGGUUCUAGUAAGGUCAUUGAAAUUCACGGCACGAUGGCCACCGCCCACUGCAUGGACUCGCGCAAGAAGGUGAAACAAUCCGAGAUCCUGCGUCAGUGGGUGGCCUCGCGCGAGGGGAAGCCCGAUAGCACCCUUCGCAGCGACAUCACCACGGACCGUUGGGUGCCGCGACAUCCCGAGACCAACGGUGUGCUGAAGCCGGACAUCACGAUGUUUGGCGAGGCUUUGCCCGCCGGCGCACUGGCUGCUUCCUGGGGCGUGGUUCUGGGAUCUCCUGUGUGCUUGGUGGUGGGCACCGGGCUCAACGUGGCACCCGCCAAUAUGGUACCCGGCCUGGUGAAGUGGCGUUUUGGAACGUUGAUCAUCCUCAACAAGGAUACGUCGGGCGCGUCGGAUGCGCACAUUUUCCUGCAAGGCAGUGCUGGCGAGAUCUUGCCGCGGCUGGUGCAGGAAGUGAGAAAGAAGAUGGGCCUUCCUCCGUCUGAAGGUGUGACGAACAGUGCAGAGUCGUCCUCCAGAAUGUAACCCAGACACAACCGAUGUCUGUCAUAUAUGCCGCCCCAGAAAAACCCUGUGAAACAACCAUCCCUGGCCUGAUCGGUAAAUAUUCCAUUCCAGUCCCAUUAAUCGUGCCUGGGGAAAGGAUUCCACGGCC